UCUGAGCCAAAAUAACUCCACUCAGUACGCAGCUAUGACUACAUGUCUGGAGCAACCGCCACUGGAUAGAAACACAGACUGAGCACCACAACUUCAGGAAGAAAGGGGGACUUAAGACGGGGAUCCGCGUUCCUCACUAACUGAGGACUGAAGAAACAAAGAAGCUUUCUUUAAUCUGAGGAGCUGAACACUACAGCUGCAACCAUGAGCUCACAGACGAGCUUCGGCACCAGCAUGCUGUUCCAAACCAUGAAUGAUGACCUUAAUGCGUCUCUGGCCAAUGCUGAUGAGUUAUCCAGAGAGUUUAACUCUCUGCUGAAGGAGGCGUCAUCCACUGACAAUGGGUCUAAAGUCAGCUCUAACAUCUCCAGACAGAUGCCCAUGUCCAGCAGCUACUCUACAAGAGAGUCAGGUGGCAGCAGAAAUGGCAGCACCAGCUCUCUGCCUUUCUCCCCAAGUUCAACAACUUUCCAUCCCACGGACUCGGUCUUCUCAGGCAACAAAAGCGUGCCCACCACCCCAGUCUUUUCCUCUAGCCCUCUCUCAUCCCCAAAAAUUGAAAGGGCACACUCUCCGGUUCCUCGAGGCGGGUCAGACACCUUCUCGUACGGCCAGCAUAGUCCCAAACAUUCUCCCCACGCUCAAAGGCGUAGUUCCCCCUCUCGUUACGACAGGAGCCCACGGGGUUCAGUGAGUUACAUCGAUAGGAGUCCGUCCCCGAACCCCACCCCACCAGCUCCAUCUUUUGAUCCAUCACCUCGGUCUGCUUCCAUCCAUGCCUCCUCAAACCUGCUGAGCCCUUAUGACACCAGCUCGAUGGGCCGCAGGUCACCCCGACUGGACAGAAGCCCCUCUCCUUUGUCUGUCAAUCGUCCAAUGUCCAGUACCCUGCCUCGAGGUUAUGGUGGUUUCAGAUCCUCUGACGAGGGUGUGCAGCGCCAAAAGAGCCCCAGCAAGUGGAAUGAGACAGAUCUGGACGUGUCCUACGACAGGAAACCUCACCACACCUAUGACAAGUCCGAGUGGGUACGCCAGACUUUGCCAAAUAGCAGCUGGAAAGAGUCCAACCUGGAUGGCCCUCCCCCGGCCCCAAGCCCUAAAAAGGAUCCUCGUGCUAAAUCUCUCCAGUAUGCCCACGGUUCUCUCCCCCGUAACGCACGUAUAUCAGUGCCUCCAGAUUCUCCCUCCCCAGUCCACUCCCCUUACCACCCUCAACCCAUCAUCUCCCGCAUAUCCAUCCCCCCAACUGCCACACAGUCCCGUCAGCGCAAGCCCAUACCGCUCUCCGUCAUCAUGCGUCUUCAAAACCCUCGCUGGGGAGGGAUGGCAACCCGCCACCCCAGAGUCAUGCGAGGAGAAGGUGAUAUGGGUCCUUACCAACCACCUGCGCCCUUCCCGAGGGAGUUCUUCCAAAAACCAAUGGUCCUGCCUCCGCAACACCCUCCUGAGCUGAGACAGCCCAUAAUAUACACUGAUGUGCUGAACCCAGGGGACAUCGAUGCAGAGAUUGAGCGCCUGGACUUCGUUCAUCACAUGCCUGGGAUUGCGGAGGAUCCCGGCACGCCAGAAGGCAGCAUACAAGUCCAUGAGAGUGGGCCUGCAGCUCCUCGGCCCCUCAGCCCCACCAGGCUCCAGCCAGUGGUGGCCCCUGAGGCCCAGAACCAGGUUGUUACUGACAUGGAAGAGCUGCUCCGCAUCCGGGGGGAAAUCCCUCGAGCGCUGAAGAGACGGGGCUCCGUAGAGCAAUCAGGGCCCCUGAAGAUGGCCUCUCAUUACCAACCCAACCAGUACAAAAAUCUCAUCGACAAGCUCUUUCGCAAGAGGGAACGACGGCGGAGGGGGGAGCAUGGCAGCGAGACCAGCAGCUCCUCGGAUGGGGAGGACUGUGCUAUGCCUCCUGCACCUCUACCUACAUCUCACAAUACUAUUCGGAUUCCCCCAAGCUACCAUUCCAUUCUGAGGCGGUCCAAUCGGGAGCGCAAAGGUUCUGGGAGGAGAGCUCGGCUCAGCCCGCUUGUCCUGAUGCUGGAUGGAGCGCUGGUCGGAGAGCUGGAGACGGUGCAGAGGGCCGCGCAGGAGAUGAGCGACCCGAGCCAACCCAACGAUGAAGGCAUCACUGCACUCCACAACGCCAUCUGUGGAGGCCAUUACAAUGUUGUGGAUUUUUUGGUCCGCAUUGGAUCCAAUGUCAGCGCCCCGGACAGCCACGGCUGGACUCCUCUGCACUGUGCAGCGUCUUGUAACGACCGUCCUCUGUGUGAGUUUCUGGUGAGGAAUGGAGCCGCUGUCAUGGCCAUGACGGAGAGUGAUGGCGCCUCCGCCUCCCAGAAGUGUGAUCCUUAUGCUGUUGGGUUUGAUGAGUGUGUGAGCUUCCUGAGGGGUGUAGAGGAGGCCAUGGGGAUGGAGAACAGCGGGGUGUUGUAUGCUUUGUGGAGCUACCCAGCUCAGGCAGCCGAUGAGCUGAGCUUCAAAGAAGGAGACAUGAUCACCAUCCUGCAGAAACCUGAGGGGUCGGAUUGGUGGUGGGCCUCGCUCUGUGGCAGGGAAGGCUUCGUGCCAAACAACUACUUUGGGCUUUUUCCAAAGACUCGUCCAAAGUCUCUCUGCUGAGCGUUCCUUUUGAUGAUCAGCCCCGGUCAGACUGGAGCAGAGGACUGUCUCAGAAGCUUUACAGCUUCACGCUGUCUUUGAAAGGACUGCGACUGUGUGAUUAUGAAAAGGCUGUUCUGCUGCAAGACACGAGGAAAUCUUUUGAUACGUCAGUCAAGGAGGGUUGAAGAAGUCUCAGUAUUCUACUUUGCCUCACUUACAUAGAGGAGUCUUUUUAGAGGACUUUGUUUGUACUGGUUCUGCUGUAGGAUAUCUUCCUGGUUUAUUUACACUUGUGUACUCAGACAUUUCUGUCCAUGCGAGUCAAAGGUUGCUGAACGGCUAUCUCUCAGCUGUGUAGUUGACAUUCCUGUCUCAUUUGCUGGUUAGUGAUCAGCAUGCAAACAGUGACUGUAGAUGUUAGGUUUACUUAUCAGUGAGGUCGAUGUAGCGGCUGUCAACAAACUUGAUCCAUGAUUGUUCUGUUCAGAGAAGGGUUUCUUCGAUCGGAUGCUCAUUACUGGAAGAGUUUUCUGCCUCUACGUCACAGAGGCAUCAAAACUGGAGUAAAGCUGGAUGGUGAGGAGUUGACGUAGGACUUUAAUCCACAUUGAGUUUAAUAUCUUCAACAUAAAACAUGUAAAUAACUAUUUUUGCAAACAGUUAAUUUGUCACUCGUGUUAUUUCUCUCUCCAUGCCUCCUGGAACUAAUCUUUCUCCCCCCAGAUAACGGAUCCUUUCAUCCACAAUGUUUUUAGGACAAAUAACAAUUUAAAAGGUGUUUAAUAUUUUUAAGGAUGUGCUGUAGAUUUUAAAUAUUUGUUAACGCAGCUUCAGAAGAAAGCUAAUAGCUCCUGGAUGGUUUCCAAUUGGCUGUAAUCCUCGCACACAUUGUAGGUCAUUAAUGCUGCCUUUAUGAAUUUAUCUUGUUUGAACUUUUGUUCUCUUUGAAAGUGAAACUGGUCUCUUGCGUGUGUUCACUGUGGUGAAAUGAAUGUUUUGUGAUGGAAGUGUUUUUAUCUUUCAGUUUUCAGCUGUGCUCACUGUGACCGUAUCUUUAGAUAUUCAAUAAAUAAAUGAGUCUCAGUCUUUAAUCUUCA